AUGAUCGGUCUUGGGUUCGGCGCACCCAGCCGUUUGACGCUGUUUCAGUACGGUGAAGACUGGCAAGUGGAACUCCGUCGGAGGUUCCGCUCUGCCAAGACUUUCCCUCUGGCAAGUCUGUCUGGUCUUCUGGAGGUGCGCGAUCGAGCUUUCAGCGCUGGAACGAAAGUCGGAUACUCUACAGGGACACCUUCCUGGGAGUUGACAUUCCCUGGGGAGCUUUGGAUCAUCACCCUCCAAGAUCACUUGGGAUUCCUCGAUUACGUGGCCAAGGCCUGUGAAAGCUCAGGUCAUCGGUUGACGCAGAACUUGAAGCACCAGCUGAGCUUGGUAAGACGCGGGGUUCCACUGUAA